CCGUACUCACCUGCUCCUCCCCAGAAACUGAUUCUGAAACUCCACCUCUCUCUCUCUCUCUCUCUCUCUCUCUCUCUGCCCAAAAAGUCAACUCUUGAAAUGGAUCAAAUUCAACACAAAUUCAUUGAAGUCCAAGGCCUCAAGCACCACGUCGCCGAAAUCGGCUCUGGUCCAAACGUGGUCGUGUUCUUGCACGGAUUUCCGGAGAUAUGGUACUCGUGGCGGCACCAGAUGUUGGCCGUGGCAGAAGCUGGGUUCCGUGCGCUCGCACCAGAUUUCAGAGGCUACGGGUUGUCUGAUCCGCCGCUUGAACCUGAAAAGGCCUCCUUUAGUGACCUUAUUGAGGACCUUGCUGCCCUGCUUGAUGCUGUAGGCAUUGAUAAGGUGUUUCUUGUAGCUAAAGACUUCGGAGCUUUUCCUGCUUACUCGUUUUCCCUCCUCCACCAAGAGAGGGUCCAAGGAAUCGUGACCCUAGGAAUUCCAUACCGCCCUCUCAGUGGUCCUCCUGCUGGAUAUCAUGAUCCUCUCCCUGAAGGCUUUUACAUUUCAAGAUGGCAGGAACCUGGACGGGCAGAAGCUGAUUUUGGGCGCCUUGAUGCCAAAACAGUCGUGCGCAAUACUUACAUACUCUUUUCGAGAAGUGAAAUACCAAUAGCUGCAGAGAACCAGGAGAUUAUGGAUAUAGUCGAUCCAUCUACCCCUCUCCCUCCUUGGUUUACAGAAGGAGAUCUUGAAGAAUAUGGUUCUUUGUACCGGAAAUCAGGGUUUCGCACUGCGUUGCAAGUUCCAUAUAGGUCAUUUAAGGAGGAUCUGGGAAUAACAGAUGUUAUCAUUAAAGUUCCCGCACUAUUGGUAAUGGGGGAGAAGGAUUAUGUGCUAAAAUUUCCAGGCACGGAGGAGUACAUCAGGAGCGGAAAGGUCAAAGAAUUGAUUCCCCAGCUAGAGAUUGUAUUUUCACCAGAGGGAACGCAUUUUAUCCAGGAACAAUCGCCUGACGAGGUGAAUCAGCUAAUUCUCGGUUUCCUUAAGAAGCAUAUUUGAUGAACACUAAUGGGAGGCAGUAGCAGCCGUCAAAAUUCGCCGUUAAAGUUCUCUAUAUAUUGUGUGUUCCCCUCAAGAGGUCCUUUGUAUGAACAAAAUACUUCUCAAUAAUCAUAGACCUCAUUACUAUUUACUU